AUGACAUUCACCAGGAAAACUGUCCCACUUAUAGCUACAUACGAGAUUGAAGGGGAAGAUGUCAGAAGAGUAAACAGUGUUCAGGAUCUGGGAGUUCAAUUUGAUCCCAAGUUACUGUUCACUUCACAUGUGGAGAAUGUUGUGGCCAAGGCUAGAAAGAAGCUUGGCAUCAUGAGGUGGAUUUCGAGGGAUUUCCAAAAUGCCAAUACACUAAUGUGUCUCUACACAGCACUUGUGAGCAGCCAUCUGAAAUACGCCUCGGUGAUCUGGAACCGGGAUAGACUCUGCACAUCUGUCAUGCUGAAGGGGAUACAGAGAAAAUUCGUUAAGUACUCGAUGCGACGCUUCAUUCCAGGCUCAGAAGACUCAUCCUACAGGGAGCUGUGCUUGGCCAUAGAUUUGGAAAACUUGGAAUGA